GGCGUGCGGUUUAUAGCGCUGUGUGCCGCGCCCGCCCGCGCCGCCCCGCGGGCCAUGCCGCCGCUCCGGCACCGCAAAGUUCUCAUCCUCGGCUACCGCGCCGUGGGUCAGUGCGGAGGGACUCGGCCUGGGGGCGUCCUGCCCUCCGGGGGUAAAACGUCCCUGGCCCACCAAUUCGUGGAGGGAAAGUUCGUGGAGUGCUACGAGCCCACGGUGGAGAGCACCUACAACAAGAUGGUGGUGGUGGGCAAGGAUGAGUUCCAGCUGCAGCUGGUGGACACGGCCGGGCAGGAUGAGUACACCGUCCUGCCUCACUCCUUCAUCAUCGGCAUCCAUGGCUACGUGCUGGUCUACUCGGUGACAUCCCUGCGGAGCUUCCAGGUGGUCAAGACCCUCCACAAGAAACUGCACGAGAGCCGGGGGAAGACACGCAUGCCCGUGGUGCUGGUGGGGAACAAGGCAGACCUGGCCCUGCAGAGCCGGGAAGUGAGGACAGAUGAAGGGAAGAAGCUGGCGGAGUCGUGGGGGGCCAUUUUCCUCGAGUCCUCAGCCAAGGAGAGCCAGGUGACCAUGGGGAUCUUCAUGAAGCUCAUUGAGGAGAUCGACCGGGUGGACAAUUCCUACGGCAGAUCCACCAGCUGCCACCUGAUGUGAUCCUUGGGAUGGGGCAAGACCCCCUGGAUGGCCCAGAUCCCCCCAGGACUUUCGCCCAGACCACAGCAGCGGCUCUGGGGAAGCCACGUGGUCCUGCUGUGGUUCGGAACCCCUCACUUUGCACCGGCCAUGGGGCUCACGGGGGACUGGGAGCAGGGUUGGGGGUUCUGCCCCAGUUGGGAGCCCCCCCACCUCAUCACCGCUGUCCCCUACAUGCACAAGGACAGGUCGGGGCCGUUCCUGCUCUGGGAGCCAGGGCUGAAUGCGGGUGUUGUUCCCGGCGUGGGGCCGCAGUCCGGCCGGGCUGGACCCGUGGGAGUCGGGGCUGAAACAAUUAAACGUUGUUUUGUCUGUAAA